AUGGAUAUUUUAAACAAUUUGGAAUCUUUUCCGUGGUGUAAACCAGACUGGUGCUAUCCCAGUAUGAGUAAAGAAACAAAUGAGUUACUAAGACAAUGUGUUGACUUGCCACAAGUUGAAUUAUGUGAUGACAUUGAAGAGAUUAUCAAAAGGAGUAAAGCUUUCCCCAUUCCAUUUCCCAUAAACACUGUGAGGGAAUUUGGGUCUAAUAUUGAAAAAAGUCUUUACAAAGACAUGAGUGUGACAGAUUUUAUUGAAAGAAUAUUAAACAAAAGAGCAGUAUCAUUCCUAGGACCACGCGAUAGAUAUCAACUUAUCACUGGAGCAACCGGUUCCGGUGGCUGGGAGUCUGUAGGUACAUUACAACAGAAGGCUCCCCUAGUACUGGAGAACUGUCUGAGUUAUGACGAGAUGAAGUUGUCAUCUAUGUUGUAUGUGAGCGGGCUGACUUACUGUAUCAAUGAUGGGAGGAGGAGGAACUCGGGAGUCGUGGAGGAGGAGGGAGUGGAGGAGGAGGCUGUUAUUAUUGGUUUGAUUGGUCCUCGUUUCCAACGUCGAUGUCGUAUGGACAACGAGGAUAUUCUGAUAACUGAAGAACAGAAUUGUAUUGAGAAUGGCUACGGUGAGGAAGUUACUCCAACAGCCAGUAACUCAGCCAAGUACAUGUGGAGGAAAAUGUGGUCAGAGUUUUAUCAAUCUAGCCGUUAUACAUACGACGAGCUUUUAUCGCGUGUAACAAUACAAGAUAAAAGUAAAAAGUACAUGGAAAGAUAUGUAAAGAAACCGAAAACUGAAGAUAUAUUUGACAAUGAGGUGUAUUACAAGCGGAUAUGCAUUUUAGCCGAAACUACUCUCAUGGAGGCGGAGUAUAGAGCGAGUGAAUGUGGAAAGAAUGCGUUCAUUAAUGUUAUAGGAUGCGGUUUGGGUGUAUGGAAGACGUCCCCACAUCAACCAGAUGUAUAUGUACUAACAUUCCUUGAGAGGAUCCGGGCUUUCCUUAAGAAGGAUCUAUUAAACCACGUGACAGAUGUUAAUUUUGGUUACAUAAAAGCCAGUCCAAGUAUAAAAGCACUCUUCACAAAAUCGAAGAAGAAUAAUUCGUCAGGCGAAAAGUUUAUAUUCUUUGAAAGUAAACGACAUCCAAAUGGUGGAAUAAAAAUACAAUUAGAGAACAGAGAGCCUUCUUCCAAGUUGUCAGGCGAACACGCGGGCAAGUUACUAGUCAUGACUUACCCCUGGGACGGAAACGCACACCCGGGAAACGAAUUCUGGUUGAAGAAGCUGUCAUCAUCAGGCGACCCGGCGGCCGCGUGUUCCACACAAGUAUCUGAACUACACAACGCUUACAUUAACACCGCUGUGAAGGGACACAAUCUGAGAGUGGCCGGCCGCGGUGGGGUCAGACCUCUCAAGGACUACUGUCUCGCUCUCACAUCCGAAUAA